CCCUCGGACACAGCAGAUCACGGAAAGAGCCGAAGAUGUCGGCUCGAUCAUGUGAUCAGCUGUGUCCAAUCACAGCUGAUCACAUGGCACUGAUCAGUGUGCCCUGAUGAUCAGUGUGGCCCCAGAAGUGCCACCUGUCAGUGCUCAUCAGUGCCACGUGCCAGUGCCCAUCAGUGCAACAUCAAUGCCACAUAUCAGUGCAUACCAGUGCACAUCAAUGCCACAUAUCAGUGCCCAUCUGAGCUGCCUUUCAAUGUCACCCAUCAGUGCCAGUCAGUGCCACCUAUCAAUGCCAAUCAGUGCCACCUAUCAGUGCUGCCAAUCAGUGCCACCUAUCAGUGCCAGUGUCGCCUAUCAGUGCAAAUCAGUGCCAGUCAGUGCCGCCUAACAGUGCCAGUCAGUGCCGCCUGUCAGUGCUGCCUAUCAGUGCCAUAUAUCAGUGCUGCCCUUUCAGUGCCCAGUGAUGCCUGGCAAUGCCCAUCAGUGCAACCUACCAGUGCCUCCUCAUCAAUGCCCAUCAGUGCCACCUAUCAGUGUAGCCUAUCAGUGCCCAUCACUGCAGCCUCAUUAGCGCACAUCAGUGAAGGAGAAAAAUCACUUAUUUACAAAAUUGUAUAACAAAAACUAAGUAAAAACAUUUUUUUUUCAAAAUUUUCAGUGGUUUUUGGUUUGUUUAAGAAAAAAUGA